AUGAACAAAACACCGAAGCUGACAAUGAAGGAAAGAGACAGAGACAAAGACAAGAUCACGAAGGAUAAACACAAACACAAGAGAAAAGCACCACUUGAUUUUGUCGGCUUGAGUGCUUCACCUACUGCCCUGUGCCCUAUGACGCCCCCAAUACUCCAUCACGAGAACAGCCAACCAAAUUCGAACAACCUCCCACAGCGCCGGGAGAGACACAAUAAUCCUGUCGACCCGCCCCGUGCAGGAGCCAAUUCCAGCUUUCGGUCUUCCGCCUCGGAGCGCUCUCGAACAAGCGACACGGGAAGAUCUUAUUACGGCGAUGCAUUCAAGAUCAAGACACUGGAGCAAUGUCUAUCCUUGAAAGAACGAUAUCUAUCCAUGCCUCCUGCACAACAUGCAGACCAAGAACCUUUUUGGAGCCGAGUACUGGAAAUGCUGGAGCGAAUGCCACUCACCAAAGGCAAAUUUAAAGAGUGGAAAGAAGCACACCGAGCUGUUGAGAAUUGGUGCCAAGCUCGGCGUUCCUACCUCAAGGACAACAGAUUGCCCGCGGUAUCGCAAGCACAGCCUGAACUCGAAACCGCCAUAGACCAAUGGAACUUGGUCUUUGCGCGGCGGUUUUGCAAGAUACACAGUGGAUACUUUACAAACACCAUAAUACCUGAGUUUGUAGAAGACAAACUGAAGGAAACGGUCAGAAAUGAGGUGGACGGAUGGAUCACCAACAGUUUGAAGGAGCGUCGUGACGAACUACAGAGACUUUCUCAACCUACCUUUCUCCCGAGUCAUAGCUCCUUGAAGGACUGUGACAAUGCUAUCAAGGAGCUACAGACUCAGUUUAAGGCGGCUCAGAGAGAUGAAAGCCAAACUUGUGAGUCGGAAGUUGUCAUGUCGAUGGUCGUGAAGCUCCAGCCUGGGCUGCACACUGCCAUCUCGCAGUACUUGGAUGGUCCGACUGGAGUUGCAAGACGUAUGGAACCUGGGGGUAAUCAGCAUGAUAGCGAGUUUGCAGACUCGCGAGAGCGCAUUAGCUUCAAUAUUCCUUCAGAUGGGCCUUCUGUGCGAGGGUCAGCUCCUCCAGCAUUUGUAGCUCGCCAGACAAUUCCAACACCUCCAACACCUCCAACACCUUCAGCACCUGUGCCUUCUUCAGCACCCGCCCGCUCUAAUAACCCAACAGCUGGGGUCAAGAGCGAACUUUUUGAGAAGAGCGAGGGGAAUUCCUCAAAGAAGAGGAAAGAUUCAGAUCUUCCGAACCGGAACACUGCAAGCUCCAGUAACUUGAAGGAAUCUGAGAACGACAACAUCCCGAAAACUAUGUUGCACGACCAGGCGAAGAGGCCGCGGUUGGAUAACCGUCCUUGCGAUGUGCCUACCGUGGCCGACCUCGGACUCGAAGGCAAGAGCUAUGGAAACAAUGUGACCGAAUGGCGAGGACUUCAGAGGGUUACACCCCCUUGGAGGCGAAACGCCCCCACUGGAUACCGCAGUGAUGGCCGUCGCAGCCCAGAAAGAUCUCACCCGCCUCGAUACGACCAAUAUCGUGAGAACCGACCACAAGAUCACUAUAGGGAGAGCUGA